CUUUCGAUGAUUUUUUUGGCAGUGGGAAGGUUCAAUUGAAUAAGGUUCUUUCUCAGGGUUAUGAUUAUGCUCCUUGGCCACUCCAGACUAAAACCGGCAGUUAUGCUGGAGAAGUGCGGCUCAUAAUGCAUUACGCAAAUGCCAAGCACCAAGCCUCGGCAUAUGCUCCAACAGCACAACCAUAUCCAGCUCCUCCUCCACCACAAGUUCCUCAAUAUUCGGAGCCUCCUCCAACUUAUUCAGCUUCUUAUCCACCACCAGCUACAACAUACCCAUCUCCAUCACCAUAUCCAUUAUAUCCUUCAUCCGCAUACCCUCAUCCAUCUUCUGCAUAUCCUCCUCUGCCUUCCGCAUACCUUCCACCACCGGCACCUUCGUCGUAUCCUCCGUCUACGUAUCCACCAACCUCACCCUAUUAUCCGCCAGGUAAUUUCAUACAUUUUAUGUCUUUUGAUGUUACUACUUACACGUUGAAUGUAGUACUGAAGUUCGGUUCUGUUCCGCUUUUAAACAGGUUCUUUUCCAGGUCUCUGUCCACGACCACCAUACUAAAACCGCCGGCAAGGGGACAUUCCAACUCGAAGUUCCUUAUGUUCAAAUAUCUUCAGAAAGGGUUGGGAUUAUGUCCGAAUAUCUUCGGAAACAAAAACUUAGAACACUGUUAUAGCCAUUGUAUAUUACUGUUUAUAAAUUUCAGCUUGUGGAAGAUUUUUGGUAUCUUUUGUUCAUUUCUUCUGUUUUGUUGGACUCGAUAUGUUUUACAACACCACCAACCUAAGCGAACAUCAUCAAGUUCGAUCGAGUUCGAUCUAACAAACACAACGGCGAUGUGUCUGAUAUUUUAA